CAGUUCCAGGGAGGUGUAUGGUCCCUCAGCACGGUGCUGUGCGAUGCCCUGAUGACCAUGGAUGUGAUGCUGUGCACGGCCUCCAUCUUCAACCUCUGUGCUAUCAGUGUGGAUCGGUUUAUCGCUGUUUCAAUCCCACUGAACUACAACCGGCGACAAAUUGACCUGCGGCAGUUGAUACUUAUCUCCACCACCUGGAUAUUUGCCUUUGCUGUAGCAUCCCCAGUCAUAUUUGGCCUCAACAAUGUCCCAAACCGGGACCCCAGCUUGUGUCAGCUGGAGGAUGACAACUACAUCGUGUACUCCUCCAUCUGCUCCUUCUUCAUCCCUUGCCCCGUCAUGCUGGUGCUCUACUGCGCCAUGUUCCAAGGACUCAGGCGUUGGGAAGAAGCCAGGAAAGCCAAGCUAAGGGGCAGCAUCUACGGCGCCAACAGGAAGCUGUAUCACCCCUCAACCUUUGUUGAGAGAGAGCAGACCAGACUGGAGCCAGAGGAUUGCAACCCUUACACCCGCUCUGACCACCCUGGGGACUAUGUGAUGAGCAAUGGGAUCCAGACUCUCUCCUACCCACACCUCAAGUACCCACACCCAGGACACAGUCGGAAGCAGGCCAAGAUCAAUGGCCGGGAGCGGAAGGCCAUGCGAGUGCUGCCUGUCGUCGUCGGUGCUUUCCUCUUCUGCUGGACACCUUUUUUUGUGGUCCACAUUACCAGGGCUCUCUGCAAGUCCUGCACCAUUCCCACUCAAGUCACCAGCACUGUCACUUGGCUGGGUUAUGUCAACAGUGCGCUCAACCCCAUCAUUUAUACAGUUUUCAACGCAGAGUUCAGGAACUUCUUCCGCAAAGUCUUGCGCCUCUUCUGCUGAGCCCACCGGAACUGGCAGGGAGAAGGAACGAGCAGGCUAUUUUUUUUGUAUAGUUCAUUAAAGAUCUAUUUCUGCCU